AUGGUUGAGUCAUCGGAGUCUGUAAUGGUCAUCGUAGUGACGCCCACCUACAAAAGAUACACUAGAGUACCGGAUAUGAUAAGAAUGGCUAACACCCUGGCUCAUGUGAAAAAUCUCUACUGGAUCGUAAUUGAAGACGGAAACAAGACAUCUCAAGCUGUUAAGGAUAUUCUUGACGGAACGGGACUACAGUACACCUACAUGGCUUAUCCGACAGCUAAAGGAUUUCCGAAAAAAGGAUGGUAUCAACGGACGAUGGCUUUGAGAUUCAUUCGAUCCAAUACAGAGCAGAUUGUGGGACCGAGUAAAAAUGGUGUCGUCUAUUUUGGAGAUGAUGAUAAUUCGUAUGAUAUUCGACUAUUUACGGAUUAUAUUAUGAAUGUGAAGAAGCUGGGGAUAUGGGCAGUUGGUUACUGUGGUGGUAGUCCAGUGGAGGCACCAAAUGUGACUGAUGGAAAAGUGCCUUCAUUCAAUGUUCAGUGGAGCCCAAAACGAGUAUUUGCGGUUGAUAUGGCUGGAUUUGCAGUCAAUCUAAAAGUGGUUCUCAACUCGGAUGCCGAAUUCGGAACAUUUUGUAAACGAGGAACGGGCGCCCCGGAGACAUGUCUUCUCGAAGAUAUGGGGUUGGAUAGAACUGAUAUAGAGCCGUUUGGAUGGGAGGGAAAGGAGGGUCAACGAAAAAUCUACGCAUGGCACACAAAAACCCAACCGCCAUACAUCAAGGGAAAACUGGAAACAUUUGGUUAUCAAGUGGAAAUUGAGUAG